CCUAGCAUCUAUCGAAGCGCAGCCACAGCGAUCGCGACCGCCUCGAAAAGCCGUCGGCCAUCUCUAUCGAUGUCGCUCUUUCUCCCCAUGUGACGCUCUCGCUCGGAAUUGCCCUGGCGCCGGCUGAACACGAGCGCCUUUUUGGCGCAUGGCGACGGGCCAACGACGUCGCCAACAGUCAACCCGGACCGACAAUGUCCAUCACAAAUGGCCAGCAUAUCUGGCCGACAUCCGCUCUCAACCAUUCCAGCGGCAUGAGGAUGCACCAUGUCGUCGAAGAUGGCCUGGCGCGCACACAAACCCCUAGCGACAACCCGAUGACGCUGAUGCCUGAGGCAUCCGAUCUGGACGAAGACCAGCGCCGCGCCCAUUUUGCCGACAUGUUCCGCAGAACCGAGGAGAGGAUCGCGCAGCUUUUCGGCGACGAUGGAUGCUAUGAUGAAGCUGCCAUCGACACCUUCAAGCGCGCCCCCCAUUCCCCCAACCACCUCCCCCCUCCCGCGACCGACCACGCGCCCAUCCAAGAGCCGCCCCGCAAAAGAGCGAAGCGCGUCAUCGAUGAGGACGAUUAUGGCGAUGAUGAUGAUGAUGACGAUGACGAAGACGAAGACCAGGGUCGAGACGAUGACGAUCGCGACAACACGCAGGCGUCGCAUCCCUAUAAGUCAAAGCACGCCAGUACCGCUGCUGCCAAGACCCUCUUGUCCCCCUCCAAGUCCGGUAGCUCGCCUGUUCACUCCGUCCCGUCGCCGGGAAAGCAAACAGACAGAGCCAGAGAUGAUGGUUCGCGCGGUCAUGCGAAGACAUCGGAAGACGCGCGCAAGGAACUCGAGGAAGCGCGCAAUGCGACCGAAGGCGCCGCGAAGCAAAGCUUUCACACUCUCUUCUACACACUGGAAAAUGACCGAACCACAAUGCUGGAACAGCAGCAGCUCGAGGAGUCUGAGAAACAGCUGCAAGCAGAAAUGGACAAGACAAGCCACCAAAACCCGAAUCAAGGUCCUGGACAGAAUCACGGCUCGCUCAGUAACGCCAAUCUGGGCGCGUCAAGUCUCACCCUAAAACAUCUCAUCGCGAGGAUAGAUCUGAAGCGCGACCAAGUCCGUGCGUCCGAUGCUGAGCUGCGCUCCCUCAUGAACGAAGUGCGUAAGAACAGGAGUAAAUGGGCAAGCGAAGAGAACGUGGGACAGGAGGAGCUCUACGAGGCGUUGGAGAAGGUCCUCAGCGAGCUAAAGGCUCACACGGAGUACUCGACCCCUUUUUUGAAUCGGGUAAAUAAAAGGGACGCGCCCGACUACUAUAACUUGAUCAAGCAACCCAUGGAUCUGGGCACCAUGACCAAGAAACUGAAAGGGCUUCAGUACAAGUCCAAGACAGAAUUUGUCGUCGACUUGAACCUUAUUUGGGACAACUGUCUCAAAUAUAACGGGGAAAUGAACCAUCCGCUUCGCCGCCUGGCCAAUGCCAUGCGCAAGGAAGCCGAGAAGCUCAUUCCCCUUAUUCCCGACGUCUUCAUCAGACCGAGGGCCGAAGUGGAAGCGGAGGAGCGACGGAAGCAGAACGGUGGUGACGACGAUGGCGGCGACGACAGCGACGACGAGCCGAUAAUGUCGUCUCGUGGACGUGGAGUGAAGGGAGCGAACAAGUCCCGAAGAGCGCAAUCGGACCAAAAGGAAGGCACUCCGAACGUGGAGCAGAAGCCGUUGCUACAGUUAAAUGGACUCCUUGCAAAAUCCCACAGAGAGGGUUCAGAGGUUGAUGGCAGCAAUGGCUUCGCAACGCCUCCAAUCGCCGGCUCCAUCACUCCCAGUGGGUUGAACGGCCAUUCUGGUGUUAGCAAUGUUGACGCCAUGGAUAUCGACGGGCCGUCAUUGAACGGCAUGGCCUUGGGUCAGGCCCUCGGAGACGCGGCAGAGCAGGUUUACGAGGACGAAGCGUACAAGAUCUGGAAGCAAGUCACUAAGAAGGGCCGCGCUCUCAUAGCCAAGGAACGCUAUCAGCUAUUCAGAGGUAAUAAGCUCAACGUCGACGCGCCUGCUCUGCUAAGAACCAAGGCCGGAAUGCGUCGCUUCAUAAAGGCUCGAAGAGAGGCGGAAGCAACCGGUAUCUUACACGCUUCCCAGGUUGACGCCUCAGCCGCCGGCCCGAACGAAGGCGCAAAGGCGGGGGAAACGCUAGCUGAGGGCAUGGAAGACGAGGUUGACCGAAUAGUCCCCGAAUACUAUGAGCCACAAACCGUGAUCCCAGACAUUCCUCCGAAGCUUCAGUGGAUUGAGGACAGCGAAGGACAAGUGACCAACCAGCAUGAGGAGAUUCUCAGGCGCGUCCCCCCUGGGCAAUUCAUUUCGCCGCCUAGUCGGCUCACCAAGAAAUUCGACGCAAACCUCCGGCAGAUGCAAGAGACCCGCAAGCUCUGCUCCAAAAUCAGCGUCAUCAAGCAGAUGCAAAUACAAACCCAGUUGUACACUAAUCAAUUCCCUAAAUAUAACCCGGAACCUUUUCUGGAAGCGGAUAUAGAGCCGCAUGUUAUUGCCGGGGAGGGGCCCGUCAUGGCUCCUGAGGUCUGCAGGUCAGCCAUGCAGCGCUCUGUUGCAAAGAUAUUCUACCACGCAGGGUUUGAGGAGCUCCAACCCUCAGCUCUUGAUGCCAUCACCGACAUUGCGGGCGACUACUUCAUGAAAAUAGUUCGGUCGUUUAACGUGUACCGAGAGGCCGAGAAGAAGCCGGCCACCGGGACCUGGCGGGCGAAUGGCGCUCGGUUCCAGCCUCGAUACACCCCAGAGGAGGUCCUGCUUCAUACCCUUUCCGAGAGCGGACAUGACAUUGAGACGCUUGAGACCUACGCUCGGGAUGACAUUGAUCGACUUGGCUCAAAACUUGGCCAGAUCCACGAACGUAUGAGGGCUCACCUUGCCGAUCUUCUCCGACCGGCUCUCACCGACGGCGGCGCAGAUGGGUCUGGCGCCUUCAACGACGACAGCGAGCAAUUCGUAGGCGGCGACUUUGCUGAGGAGCUCGGCGAGGACUUCUUUGGCUUCAAGGCACUCGGCCUCGACAAGGACCUGGGCCUCGAGAUGAUGUCGGUUCCGCUACACCUCCUCCAGUCACGCGUCCGCAGCCAGUACCAGAUGCAGACGCAGACCGCUGGUGUGGCCGCCUCGGAUCUCUUUGAAGCAUUACCUCCAUCAGAACCCGUGACCAAGGAGAACAUACAGGAGCAAAUCGGCUUGGUCAAGAAUUUCUUCCUUGCUAAACUCCACGCUAACGGGGAUCAGCCACUAGUUGAGGAUGAGGAUCUGCCAGUCAAGCAACGGCGCCCUCGACCUCGUCUAGGUGCAACGGGCAAGAUCGUGUCUCCGCAAAAGCGCCCUCCCAAGGAGCAGAUUGCUCUAGCCAAAAAGAAGAAGAAGCUGGAGUCUGGAUUGGCCCAGAUAACGGAUGGGAAGGGUGUCAACGCCUUGCCCGAGAAGGGCGGAGCUGGUGGCACACCGUCAAAGAAUAAGCUCAAGGCCGUCAUGAACGGAACGGGCCCGAGCAGCCUGAAUCUUGCCCCUCCCAUGGAAAGAGUCGAGAGCAUGCAAAGCCAGACGAAUGCCAGCCAGACAGAUAAGGAUGACGGCGUGGGCAUGAUGAGCCCAGAAAGUCUUGAGCAGAGAUAGGGGGGUGCUUGGGAAGGUUGAUGGCAAUUCUGGCGUUUUUCUAUGUUCUCGGUAUUUCCAGCGUAUCCCAGACGCUUUUCGGCCGCGGGCUCACCCAAGCGCGUGGCACAGUGCACAUUAGUUCGUCUCUAUUUUCCAGGUCACGGUUCUCAUUCCUUUUUUCCUAUUUCCAUUUUCAUUCUCCUGGCUCGAGGCAACCACUGUAACAGGGCUUACAGUCGCCUAAGCUCGUUUUAUGUUGCUCUUAUUCUAUUGUACAUGUUGUUGUUGGCCUACAGCCUAUCCUUAUUCUCGUUGCUGUACCCUUUGAUAUGACGUGCCACA